CCCGAAAACUAUUUUGGCGGGAAAAUCCCGCCGACAUUGCCUCCUACAUCUUCCAUACAACUCUGGCAGGACUCCUUUCCGCCGGUGUCCGGAGAGACGAUAGACCGGUCCAUGGACAAAUACGUCGUCCCAGUCCCUCCAGGGGAAAACUCUAGACCUUCUUCCAGUGGAAGGCCUCGAUGGAAGCGGAGUGCUCUAGAACUGGAUGGAAGGAUCUCUUCCAGGCACCGCCACGAAGCUUCUCGGCUUCUUCUUGAUUCGUACGCUGAGAUUAGGGCUUUUGAUCAUAAUUACAGUACUAGGUCUGAUAGCUGUCCGACACAUAUGGCUCGAAUGGCUAAUGCUUUCAAUCAAGAAACAUCGAUAUCUUAUGCAAGGGAAGGAAUUUCAGGACUGGAAUUUGACAUGAAGGGAUUCUAUCUUGCAUCAGUAACAAAAUCAGGAUGUUUAACAGUGCAUGACUUUGAAACUCUCUACUGUACAACAUAUGGUCCAGCAUCAAGUUUAUUAGAGGAUGAAGUGAAGCCUUUGCUACAUAUUUCUACAUAUCUGCCAUUAAAUGCUGUUCGAUGGAACCCAGCAAAUCAAGAUGAGGUUGCUUGUGCAUCUAGGCAAAGUGAUAAAAUUAUGCUUUUUGAUAUCGGUUAUAUUUCAUCUGAACCUAUUGAAGUGUUUGAGAAAGGGAAAUCUAAGUCUUCUCGACACAACUGUGCACUGUACAAUGGUUUAUCUGAUGUAGCUUUUGCUUCUUCUGACAAGUCAAGGUUGCUUGCAGCUGGCUUAGAUGGUGCUAUCUACAUAUGGGAUAGGCGGCAAAGUAAUCUUCCAUGUCUUGAGCUUACUUCUAAUUCACAAAGCCAAAUUAACAGUAUUGUUUUGGACUUGGAAGACCGGAUUGUAUUCGGGGCAAGUAAACAUGGGACCAUUUAUGCUUGGGAUCUUCGUGGAGGAAGAGCAUCAUUUGCUUUUCAAAGCCAUAAUGAGGUGUAUUAUCCCCUUUUGACAUCCAUGAAGUUAUCGUCACUAUUGGAGAAAAUCACAUCUUUGAAGGCACAAUCAAACAUCACGUCAAAGGAAAUUCACUCGAUCAGCUUCAACCCAUCUUGCUCCUAUCAGUUAGCAUUCCAUCUAGAUGAUGGUUGGUCCGGGGUCUUGAACAUUGGCAGCCUUAGUGUGACACAUAUGCAUUGUCCUCCUCCUCCUUGGUUGGAUGGCAUGGAGUUGUCCGCCAGUCCUUCAAAUUUGAGAAGACCGUCUUGGCUGCCAACAUGUUCGAUCUAUGCAGUAGGAUCUUCCUCUGGUAAUGGGAUUUAUCUGCUUGAUUUCUAUCCAGACACAAGCUCCGCAUGCCAUGUAGAUUUUGAGGAGGACGUACACUGCAUUUCUGAGGAAAGUAGAGGAGCUGUCCAAAACAAAUUUGUUCCUGUAUCUCAAAAUAUUUUGGCUUGUGCUUCUCAUCCCUGCAAUAGUACCAUCAUUGCUGGAACUAAGCAAUCUUCUUUACUGAUGGUCUCUCAAAAGUGCCACGCUCUGGAAGACUAGGACUGUACUCGGAAGGCCGGUUAACAUUAUUCAUUCUCCAAUUUCUUAAGUUGAAGUGAGACAUGCAGACUGUAUGAACCUUUAAUUUACCAGGGACCAUCUUCAUUUGCAAAUCAUAUGUCCCAACAGAGAGGUUGGUCCGAGUAGCCAAAGCUGCGGAGUGCAGGGGAAACACAUCAGACACCACUAUGAAAUCAUACCCUGGGUGUUAAAUAUUUUAUAUAAUGUCACCCUGUUUUCCACUCAUUUCCCACAGCUAUACCCUGUUGUGGAACUUCGUUGAAUUUUCAAGCCUGUUUGUGGGAUAUGCUUGAGAUGAGCUUCAAUCACUUUGUAAUGCCCCAAUUGCCACUUUGUCAUGUUUGAGCUGCAGAGAGCCUCCUCUUUUGAAGUCAUUGACUAGCAGUGGCCUUGAGUUCCAGGGGGUUGAAUGAUGCUCAGCUGUUUGAUACCAUUUUCAAUUGGUUGUUUGCUAUAUGUUAUAGCUUUCUGUAAUAGAGGAUUUGUGGGUUAGACUAAGUGAUUUGAAAUAAGUAAAAUGGCCAUAUUGUUUCUUCCUUUUUCCUUUUUUCUUUCUUUUUUUAUUUUUUGGUGACUUGUCAUAAUGAUGUUUUAUUGUAGAAUGGACGCUACUUUUUGUGAAGGUUUGGAUAAUGAACAAUCAACUCAACUAUGCCUUUGAUUGUGAAUGAGUUGGAUUCAGUUUGUAUUCAAGAAGGUUCUGAAUUCGGGUGCAGUAAACUAAUUGAUUGCAAGCUUGGUUCAUGUACCAUGAUUCUUUGUAGUCAAUUGUCAACUUUGAAGCCUUAACAUAUAGAAUUCUUAUGAUCAUGUUCAUCGGUUUUGAAUUCACAUCAAAAUCUUUUUCA